CGGAUGUUCCUCUUGAAAAAAACGUUGGAGGUAGUUAAUUGAAUGGCGUUCGUUGAUAUUAAUUAGAUCCGACGGUUAACAAAAUUCCGUAUAUGCGUGCAAUUAAUCUUGAAUUUUCAACGUUUUCAUUUUUUGUUCACCUUUGAAGCUUUUCGCUUUUAUGCUUCACUCAAUCACUCCUACCUCCAUUUCCAUUGAUGCGCGAACUCUAAAUUCUCCAUUGAAGCAGCUUCUGAGCUUUUUCUCCUCCAUUGAAGCAGCUUCUAAGGAUGGAACUAUGAAUUGGACCUCUUUACACUGGCCGCCCCUCUUGCCCUGGCUCAGCGACACUUGGGCACUUUCUUGUAUCGGGCACUUCUUGCUAAGUCCGAGUAGCAUAGAUUGUGGUUUGUAGGAUACCUGUUGCAUACUUUCUUUAUGUUGUAGUUGAUCUGGUUUUUCAUGAUUGUGAUUAUUUAUUUCAGUUCGCUAUUUUUUGAACUCGAAAUCAUGGUCUUUGGAGUGUGCUAUUUUUGAAUCAAAUAUCAUUAGUUGUUGUUUCAGCUUUGACUGAAAAUGGGUACAGAACAAAAGGCAGAAGGCACUGAACAAACCGAUGGUGGUAAUCCAGCAGUUGGCAUUGUGAGAAAAGUUGAAGCAAAGUAUCAUGAGCUAAAGAAGCAUGCAGAAACUUACCCUUAUGUGUGGGGAUCAUAUGCAGUUGUCUAUGGUGGAUUUGGGCUUUGGUUUGCAUACAGAUGGAGGAGGCUCCGGAAGACUGAGGAUAGAGUCCGAGUUCUUCAAGAGCGUUUGCGUCAACUUGCUCAAGCCGAGGAGUCUGGUAGUACCAGUUCUUCUGCAUCCACUAAAGUGGAUAAAUCAGUCAAGGAGUCUGUUGGUACCAGUUCUAGUGCAUCCACUCAAGUGGAUAAACCACCCCAAUAAGCGUUGGGUUGCUUAUAAUCUGCUAGCAGAGUAGUUUUGGGGCUUGAAUCUAUCUUGAUAGCUAUGCCUUGGCUGAAUUAGGAGGUAAAGAAGACAAUUUUUUUUGGAUGAGUAUUAGAUUUAUUUAUUUAACUUAAAGAUAGUAUGUAAACACAGGUCCAAAUCUCACUUAUAUGACAUUUUUUGCUGAUCAUUUGGAAUGUUGAAUGGCUGUAAAGCUCACCAAUAAUUUGCUCGGUGACUGCCAGUUUUGCUAGUAGUUAACACGAAUGAUUGGAUUGAUUUUGGCAUUGGUGCCUUGACAAGAGUAAUGAAUUUAUAAUGUAUUUUGCAAGGUUGAUAGUUGGCUUUUUGGUCGCCCAUGA